GGGCCGUAGCCGGCGGCGGCCGCGCCCCCGACGAGGGGCGGUGCGCACCGCGGCGCGGGUUCUUCAGGACCGCGGCGGCGGCGCUGGCUUGGAGAGAUGGCGGCGGGCGGAGGUGUGCGGCUGCUGGGGCUCGCCGCGCUGCUGCUGCCGCUGCCGGGGGCCGUGCUGUGCCGCGGGCAGCCCGGCCCAGCGGAGCGGCGCUGCUUCUGCCAGGUUACUGGCCAUUUAGAUGACUGCACCUGUGAUGUCGAAAGCAUUGACGCCUUCAACAACUACAAGAUUUUUCCUAGACUGAAUGAACUUCUGGAAAGUGACUAUUUCAGAUACUACAAAGUAAACCUAAAGAAACCUUGCCCUUUCUGGAAUGACGACAGUCAUUGUGGAAUAAGAGACUGUGCUGUAAAGCCCUGCAUGUCUGAGGAAGUCCCUGAUGGAAUCAGAUCUGGAAGUUACAAGUACUCAGAAGAAGCCAACAAUCUUGCUGAAGAAUGUGAAGAAGCCGAGCGACUUGGAGCUGUUGAUGGCUCUUUGAGUGCGGAAACACAGCGGGCAAUGCUCCAAUGGACACGGCACGAUGACUCUUCAGACAACUUCUGCGAAGCUGAUGACGUCCUUUCUCCUGACGCAGAGUACGUGGAUUUACUCCUGAACCCUGAGCGCUAUACUGGCUACAAAGGACCGGAUGCCUGGAAAAUUUGGAACAGUAUUUACGAAGAAAACUGCUUCAAGCCUCAGAAUGUAAAAAGACCUUUAGAAUCUGAUAGAGGAGACGAUGGAGGGCAUGCGUUUUACAAGUGGCUGAAAGGUGUCUGUGUAGAGAAACGAGCUUUCUACAGACUCAUUUCUGGUCUCCAUGCAAGCAUCAACAUCCAUUUGAGUGCCAGGUACCUUUUACAAGAUACAUGGUCAGAGAAGAAAUGGGGCCCCAAUGUUACAGAGUUCCAGCGAAGAUUUGAUGAAGUCAUCACAAGAGGAGAAGGUCCCAGAAGACUCAAGAACCUCUAUUUUCUCUACCUGAUAGAGCUGCGAGCCCUGUCCAAAGUGCUGCCAUUCUUUGAGCGCCCAGGUUUCCAGCUCUACACAGGGAAUAAGAGUCGUGAUGCAGAAAUGAAAAGCCUACUGCUGGACAUUCUCCACCUGGCCAAAUCUUUCCCACUGCAUUUUGAUGAAAACUCAUUCUUUGCAGGAAAUAAAAAGGAAGCUACUAAACUAAAGGAGGAAUUUAGGCUACACUUUAAGAAUAUUUCAAGGAUAAUGGACUGUGUUGGCUGCUUCAAAUGUCGCCUGUGGGGGAAGUUGCAGACGCAGGGCUUGGGUACAGCGCUGAAGAUUCUCUUUUCUGAAAACCUAAUAGAAAAGAUGCCUGAAAGUGGCCCUUCCUAUGGAUUCCAGCUGACCAGACAAGAAAUUGUUGCCUUAUUUAAUGCUUUUGGAAGGAUUUCGACAAGUGUUAGAGAACUGGAAAACUUCAGGAACAUCUUACAAAAUAUGCGGUGAAUUCCUUGGAGAAAGAGAACGUUAACACGUUACUGCUCCACUGUUAUAGGUUCUCUGAGAAAGGACAAAUGCCACUGUUCAGUCACAUUCCCACCCACAAUGUGGUGAAGACCACUCCUCUUCCCAGCCCAAUUGUCUGGAACCUGCUGAUGCCAAAUAUUUUGUAUGGGGGGGAAAAAAAGAUAUUUUUGUUUUUAUAAAAGCAAGGAACUAUAUGUAAAAUUUUAUAUAUUGGAAGAUUAUGCUGGCAAAGUCUUUAAAUACUGCUGUACUAUUUGGAUGAUUAGACUUAUCUCAUUGCCUUCAGAAGCUGGAGGGAGGGCAAGAACCAUGACACUUGAAUAAACUUGGGUAAAAUUC